UGUUCCAUUUUUUGUUGUCAGUUGGAAAAUAAUAACCAAGCAGGGAUGAUGUCCAUUUCUUUUAAACUGUACACCAUUUCUUGCACAUGAAGCACACAAAAUGACUAUAAUUGUAUUUUUAAUUGAUACAUCAGCUUCUAUGUUUCAAAGAACUUACAUAGGAGGUAGGACAACGUUAUUGGAUGUAGCAAAAUCUGCAGUUGAAACCUUUGUGAAAAUACGACAAAGAAGUAUUGAUAGCAGGAUAGAUAGGUAUAUGUUAUUAACUUUUGAAGAGAGUCCAAAUAACAUUAAAGCAGGAUGGAAAGAGAACUUGGCUACUUUUAUGAAUGAAUUAAAAAACCUCCAGUGUUAUUCUAUGACUACCAUGGGGGUAGCAGUGAAACAAGCCUUUGAUAUUCUAAAUAUUAACAGAAUGACUUCAGGAAUAGAUACUUAUGGACAAGGAAGGUGUCCUUUCUUUUUAGAGACUGCUGUUAUAGUUUUAAUUACAGAUGGUGGAAAAUUAACAACAGCCAAUGGCGUACAAGAAGAAUUUAACUUGCCAAUGACCUCUCCAAUUCCUGGAUCAGAAAUGACGAGGGAACCGUUCAGAUGGGACCAGAGACUUUUUGCCUUAGUCCUAAGAUUAUCAGGGACGCCUGCUGCCGAGAGAGACACUGGACUUGUACCAAGUGAUAGCAGCCCAAUUGAUGCAAUGUGUGAGGUAACCGGCGGAAGAUCAUACUGUAUUACAUCACACAGGAUGCUCAAUCAGUGUAUUGAUAGUUUAGUCCAAAAGGUUCAAAAUGGGGUAGUUAUUAAUUUUGAAAAAAUUGGACCUGAUCCUCCCCCUCCCCAGCCAGACAAAGAAGAUGGAAAAGAAGAUAGUUUUGAAUUGAGUGAGAAUGAUAGAAACCAAUCGAAUAUUGCACACAAUACUCCUUGGCAUAACUGUAGAAAAAUGAUCUAUGUGCCUAAAAAUACAAAAUACUGUGUUGGAUUUUGGCCCAUACCUGAGUCAUUUUGGCCAGAAGUGACAGCUAGCGUUUUGCCUCCAAGAUCGGCCCAUCCAAAUGUCAAAUUUACUUGUACAAAUUCAGAACCAUUAGUUAUUGAGAAUUUACCCUUUGAUAAAUAUGAAUUAGAACCAUCGCCCCUCACGCAAUAUAUUUUAUCUAGGAAACAGCCCAAAACUUGCUGGCAGGUUUUUGUGGCAAAUAGUUAUAAAAAUUCCGAGGUAGGCCAUCCAUUUGGUUAUUUAAAAGCCAGUACAAACUUGAGUUGUGUAAAUUUGUUCGUGAUGCCAUAUAACUAUCCUGUGUUACUUCCAUUACUAGAUGACUUAUUUAAGAUUCACAGAUGGAAACCUAGCAAUGAAUGGAGGACAGCUUUUCAAAAUUAUACCAGAACCUUACCAGCGUAUUAUGCAAGUUCGUUACGAAGAGCUCUAACGAGAAUGGGUACUCCUGUAGCUUUAGCGCAGACUCUCAUACCAGAGACUUCUGAUAAUUUUCUGAGUUAUUCCGUACAAAAUUAUUUGAAAAGAGUGAAGAAUCAAGCGAAAAUCGAGCAUGAUAAGUUGUGUAGCGAAAUUAUUCAACGUCAAGCUAAUCUAAAUGGUUUGAAAACCAACUUCAACUCGCCAGAACAAAUCAGGGUUUUACCGAAAGUGACUUUAAAGAAGGACUUGGUCAGUCAUCCGCUUUUGCAUGAUAGAUUCCAAGGUCAGAAGGACCAAAUUCUCGAGCAAGGCAAUGUUUUCGUUAGUUCUUUAGAUAAGGAGAGACAGACAGUUAGCUUUAAGAAUCCAUUCGAUAUACCGAGAAAUAGACUAAUUCAACAGGUUGUGAGAAUGCGAAACAAUUUCCUGCAACCCGAUUGGAUAUCUCAAGAUUUAGAUAGCGCCCAUUCCUUGCCUAUCUCUCAAAUGGGUAACUACCAGGAAUAUCUGAAGAAACAAACGCCUCAACUUCGUGAGAUUGAGUCCGCUCCAGUCAGACAGCAUAUGUUUGGAAAUCCAUUCAAAAUAGAUAAGAGAAUGAUGGUUGACGAAGCCGAUAUUGACUUGGUUGGAUCACCAUCAGGGACGAACAGGAAUAACAAGAGGCCUAAUCCAAACUUGGACGUAGGCACUAGGUUGCCGCUUAAGCGAAAACCUGGACCGUUGCCUAAAAAUUUCAGUAUUCGACGGCCAAGUACGUCAGAUGUGUCGCCUUUCAGUAGUCCGCCAGCUUCGCCACAACCAUCGCCAAUACCUUGGAUAAACGCAGUAGAAAAAGAACUGCCUCGUUUUGACGAGCCGCCCAGUAUAAUCACUAACGGUCUGGAUAGCCCCUCCUCUAGCGAGAGGUCAAGAUCGCCAUCGCCAACCCUGGAACUGCCAAACUUUGAUCUGAGCUAUACCAGUUCCGGUCCAGCAGCGUCUAACGUCAUUUCACCGACACCCACGACGAGGAACAGUUUUACUUAUUCACCCGCGGGCAACACCCAAAACGAGACGCUGUCCUUAAACACUGCCUACGAUUAUUACAGUCUGUCUUCUAUGGAGAGCACGAAUAAAGAAAUUUCGCAAAUCCUGAAGGAGACGAAUUACAAUCAUAAUUCGCAUUCUAUAGAACCCAUGAUAAAUUUUGUCGAGAAGGAAAUUAAACCUAAGGUAAUAGAACCAGAGAUGGACAGAGAAGAAAUUGAUAAUCAAAAUUUCGAAAUCAGGAAAAAUCUGAACCGGUUAGUGCGCAAACCCGGUAAAAACUUUACGGAACUGUUUGAGAGUUUAAAAACUUUAAAGGGGGACAUAGACGCGCAAGUCGAAAUUGUAAAGCUGGUCGUAAAGGAGAGUUUGAGGUUUAAGAGGCAGCAGCUGGCCAAAAUGCUGGAAGAGCAUAUCGAGAGCAUGAUGAGCCUGGAGAACAAGUGACAAAUUGUAUAUUUAUUUUAACUGUCAUGUUGUUUUUAAGUUGUAAAUUGUUUCGGAGUGGAGGUAAUAAUCUACUCUAGCGUCGGCAUUUAUCUGUUAAAUCUAAAAUUGAGUUAUAAAAGAGUACAGUUUUUGCACUUUUUUUAUGUUCAGAAUAAGAAUGCGUUCUACUGUAAUCUAGCAAUUUAAAAAAUCAUGUUUAACUGGACAAAAUUGGACAUUCUAUAUGUAUUGUAUAUAUAUUAAAAUAUUGUACUAUUUCUAAAAUAUUUUUUGAAUUUUUAAUCAUGUUUUUCUGUUCAUUGUUUACGUUA